GGAUUACAGUGCACUCCUCACCCCCAAUUUGCAUUUCUAUGGAGAAGGGCUUAAAAGGACAACAUGUAACAGAAACAUAGGCCGGACUGUGAAAGUUUUACCUUAGACCUAAAAAUAAGUCAUCCUAUCUAUGUAAAACAAUUGAGGCAGCACUCUGCAUGCACUUUUUGAGUGAUUCAACAUGAGGUACCAUUAAGUAAGUGGUACCAGCUUUCUUUUCAGAUGUGGUAUAAAGGUUAAGUUAAACCAACAUUAAUAUGAAUGCCCAUGGUAAUAUGCAAUACGUCCCUAUAACAUCAUUUGAUUUACAUUAAAUGUGCAGAUUGUUUUUUAAUUCACAGGGAAAUUUGCAUAACAAAACCAAUAGUAAUGAUGCCUAACUGUGGCUUAUCCGAGGUCCAAUCACUGCUCAGACCAGCAUGUAUAUCUGUCUGUUCUGGGUUCUUAACUAACUCUUCAUUUUUUGCCAUUUGGAAGACCACAACUUUGGAAGACAAAAAGCUUCUACGAGAUUGUGUCCUACAUUGGAGAGUUAUCUUUCUGUUAAGGUUUAAAGACUGUAUCUACCUAAAAGAUACUGGGAAAAAGCGCACUGAGCCAUUUCUCAUCUCACUUGUUUAUUUCCGAAGUAAUAGGAAAAUGAGACCCAGAAGAGUUUUUCCUGAAAAGGAAGCUUUGUACUUCAUUGCUUCUGGGAAAGAUAAAGACACAUUUGAGAAAAAAUUCAUGAGUGAAGAGAAAGGUUUUGGAGUAAUUGCCACAAAAACCAUUGAGCCAGGAGAGUUCCUGCUGGAGUAUGUUGGAAGACACAUCACUGGAUCUGAAGGAGAGACCCUGUCCAAAGACUACUCCGCUGAAGAUGCAGUAUUAUUUUUGUAUUUCUACUCCUUUCUGGGACGAUCUUACUGUGUUGAUGGCAGUAAAGAUACAGAAAGGCUUGGAAGAUUUAUAAAUGAUGAUCACAUCAAGCCAAACAGCAAAAUUAAAAUAAUAAUGGAUGAAAAGAAAAGACCACAUCUGUGUGCAUUUGCGUUAACAAAAAUCAACGCAGGAGAAGAAAUUAUCUAUGACUACGGAGAUCCUAACUGCCCAUGGAGACAGUCUGAUGGAGCUGAUUGAAAACAAGGAUUUUCCAGAAAGAAAAAGCCUGAUAGAGAAUCGAAGACUAGAGAUCUGCCAGGAGUUGCUGCAAGGACUUCAGGAACUGCAUUCAUAUGGAAUUUUGCACAGAGACCUGAAGCCUGAAAAUAUUUUGUUUGAUAUCAACAAUAAACUGUACAUCGCAGACUUUGGAGCAAGCAGAAAACUGGAUCUGGCACAAACCAC